AAGAAAUCUCGGCGCUAUCCUAAGACAGCGACAAGCCGGAGCGGUAGACAGACUAUUGCGGCUGCCAAAACUGCGACUGCGCCAGGAAGUAAGAACGCAAGCAGCAAAGUUUGGGCGUCCUAUAGAAAUCCUGAACCCAAAGAACUGCCAGCCUUGUCACAUUGUCACAAGGCUACGCCAGCGCUAGCUCGCAUGCUGGGCCGCCGUAAAUAUUGGCCCGGGCGAGGGGGCGCCCCCUUGUGCCUCGCCCGCCC